CCUUAUCUAGUGUCAUGAGUUCUCUGGACUAGUAAGGCAGAAGGUUAUUAGACGAGUGCAGUUCUGGAACUAUAUCAGACCAAUCCUGGCAGGCACGGGAGCUGGAACAAUGAUUUUAACUGUCUUUAGUUUGUCUUUGCUGUUUGUCGGAGGCUUCUCCGCCUACACCGACCCCCACUGUAUUGGCGGGAGAGACGGCAUAGUUCACCUGUUUGAGUGGAAAUGGAACGACAUAGCCGCCGAGUGUGAGCGGUUCUUAGGGCCCUACGGCUUCUGUGGUGUCCAGACCUCUCCAGCCAAUGAGAACAAAGUGGUCACUAACCCCAACCGCCCCUGGUGGGAGAGGUACCAGCCGGUCAGCUACAAGAUACAGACCAGGAGCGGCUCUGAGGACGAGUUCCGCAACAUGGUGCAGAAGUGUAACAAUGCUGGCGUCAGGAUAUUCGUCGAUGUCGUCAUCAACCAUAUGACCGGGGCUGGGGGCAGCGGUCAAGGCACCGGUGGCUCCUCCUACGACGCGGACAGUCUGCAGUUCCCUGCUGUGCCGUUUGGGCCAUCCGACUUCAACGACGGCAACGAAUGUCACUCCGGCGACCUGAGCAUCCACAACUACAACAACCCAGAGGAAGUCAGAAACUGCCGAUUGGUAGGUCUGUUGGACUUAAGGAUGGGCAAAGAUUACGUCAGGACAAAAGUGUCUGAUUACCUGAAUCACCUGAUUGACCUUGGCGUCGCCGGGUUCAGGGUCGACGCUGCCAAACACAUGUGGCCAGGUGACAUUGUCGGCAUCUUUUCCAAGGUCAAGGACGUUCAAAUGGGAGGAAGGCCAUUCGUGGUCCAGGAGGUGAUUGACCAGGGAGGUGAGGCCAUCAAGGGAGAGGAGUACUUUGCCACGGGUCGAAUCACCAACUUCAAGUACGGUCUGCAGCUCUCCAACGUCUUCAGACACCAAAACCCCAUGAAGUUCCUCAGCAACUGGGGAACCGGAUGGGGAAUGUGGGACUCCAACAUGGUCCUUAACUUCAUCGAUAACCAUGACAACCAGAGAGGCCAUGGUGGCGGCGGUGGUGUUCUGACUCAUUGGGAGCCCAAACCAUACAAGAUGGCCGUGGCCUUUAUGUUGGCCCACCCCUACGGUAUGCCCCGUCUAAUGAGCAGCUACGAGUACAACAGGGCCAACGACUACGAGGGCCCCCCACACAACGGCGACAUGAGCACCGCCAGUGUCCAGCUGAACGGUAUGGUCUGCACCAACGGCUGGAGCUGUGAGCACAGAUGGCGUCAGAUCUACAACAUGGUGGGAUUCCGCAACAUGGCCAGGGGUACAGCGGUCAACAACUGGUGGUCAGGUGCCGACUAUCAGAUCGCUUUCUCUAGGGGAGACAAGGCUUUCAUCGCCCUCAACCUCGAGGGUUUUGAUAUCAACCAGACUCUACAGACAGGCUUACCCAGCGGCACCUACUGUGACGUCAUCAGCGGUGACAUAGAAAACGACCGCUGUACAGGUAAAUCCGUGACGGUCAACGGUGAUGGCACUGCUAGGAUACAGGUGUGUUCUAAUUGUGAGGAUCCGGUGCUGGCUAUACACGUUGGUGCCAAAGUUGGAUCUCCACCAAAGAGGUUCUAGACUUAACUCUCGUGUCAAUUUUAACACUGAAAUGUGUAUUCGAAUUCCGCACCUCAACAGCAAUAAAUAAAGAUAUGAUUAUAUACUUGUAAAUUAAUUGUAUUGGAAUAAAAUAUGUACUUGAUCAA